AUGAAAUCUAGUGCUCCAUCCAAAUCAAAACCUGAAGAAUACUCAUUCGACAAUGACCUUCCCGAUCCGAUGUCUAAAUCUUUUCUCAAUCGUAGUUUGAUCGAUCCAUGGAGAAGAACUGAUAAAAUGGAUUGCACAGAAACACAACUGCCUGCAAAUCAAAUAUGGACUCAGUUACAACAACAAAUGUUUGAAUUACAAGAUAUUGCACGUCAUAGAGGUGUUCCAAACACAACAGAACCAAUUUUUACUUCUCCUUAUCCACAAUAA